UGUUGACAUUGUCGACUAUUUUAUUAGGGAUUGCGUCGCAAGCAGGGAAUAUGUACUAAAUGCGAGUUUAAUUAAAAAGAAAUAGCUUAUAUACCAAAUAAAAGUAGAUAAAAGCCGUGUUGAAAACUAGCAAAUUGAACGGAAAGAAGUAUUUAUAAUGAACAUAUACAACAGACUGCGCAGCAGAGAACAUGGAUUGGCCAAUGAUUGCUCCUAUGACUUUGCGCUGCAUCGCUUGUGCGUCUACAAGCAGGACAGCUGGCGCGGCAUUGCGCCGGCCAACUACAGUCCCGACUUCAACCCGGAGCCCCCGAUAUUUUCUGCGAAGUUCGCCAACUGUGAUGGCUACCGACAUAUUCUGGCUAUAGCCAACGAGGAUGGCAAGAUUGCACUGCAGGACACGACGGUACGCAAUCAGGAGACGGAGGAGCAGGCACUGAGUGCCCCACAAUGCCACUUCAAUGCGGUCUUCGACUUGGAGUGGGCGCCGGGACAAAUGCGCUUCGUGUCGGCCUCGGGGGAUCACACGGCCCGUCUGUGGGAAGUCUCCGGGUCUGGCAUACGGGGUCUGAACUCCUACGUGGGUCACACCAGAUCCGUGAAGACGGCCGCCUUCAAACGCACGGAUCCGGCCGUCUUUGCCACAGGUGGACGCGAUGGCGCCAUACUGAUCUGGGAUAUACGCGCGUGCCUCCACGCGGAUCUCACUUCGCGUGUGGACAACUGCAUCUACAGCGGUCACACGGGUGGGCCAGGCACACCGCAGUCGCAGCGCAGGCAGAGGACCAGAACGCCCAAGAUGACCAACUACAGCAGCAACACGUCGAGCAGCAUUACAGGCUUGGCCUUCCAAGAUAACGAUACGCUGAUUUCGUGCGGAGCUGGCGAUGGUGUUAUCAAGGUCUGGGAUCUGAGGCGCAAUUACUCGGCAUACAAGAAGGAGCCAUUGCCGAGGCACAGCCUGCCUUAUGCCGGCUCCUCCACGUUCAAGGGAUUCACCAAUCUCAUAGUCGAUGCAUCGGGCACGCGGCUCUACGCCAACUGCAUGGACAACACGAUCUACUGCUACAACCUCGUAUCGUAUGCAGCCAAGCCCAUUGCCAGCUACAAGGGCCUGCUCAACUCCACGUUUUACAUCAAGAGCUGCCUCAGCCCGGAUGGCAAGUACUUGCUCAGCGGCAGCAGCGACGAGAGGGCCUACAUAUGGAACUUGGACCAUGCUGCUGAACCGCUGGUUGCCCUCGCUGGCCACACAGUAGAGGUCACCUGUGUGGCCUGGGGCUCCACGCAUGAUCGUCCCAUUGUCACCUGCAGCGACGAUGCCAGGCACAAGAUUUGGCGCAUUGGCCCUCAGCCGGAGAGCCUGACGGCAGCCGAGCGAGCAGAGCUGUUUCGUGGACAGUCGAGCUAUGUGAGGGAGUUCGGUGGGGCAGCCAAGGCCAGCUCCUCCUCGCAGCACAAGUACAAUCUGCGAGACUUGGAGUCCACGCCGCGCUCGUUGAAGCGGCUCAUGGAGCAGAACGAGCGCACGCCCAGCUCCGUGGAGAAGACAAGCAUCAAGCGUUCCUUCCUAGAAAUGCUGGGCGGCAUUGGCGCUGGCAGCGAUGGCAAUCAGCAGCUGGAACAGCCGCAGCAGAAGCGCACCAAGAGCUUUGAGUCCCGAGGACGUCGCCUAUUCGCAGCUAGCAGUCAGCCGCAGCCGCAGCAGCAGCAACUGCCCGGCAUAGUUGAGGAGGAAGCAUCUGCCACGCUGUCCAGCAAUCAGGAGAAUGUCCAGGAGCAGCUGACAGCCCCCGCGACAGCAGCCGCCAAGCUGUCGACACCUUCACCCUUGAGUGAGCUGCCGACGAAUCACAACUACAACUCGCCGCCCACGACGUCUGCUCAAGCGGCAGCCGCAGCCGCAGCUGCAGUUGCAGCUGGAGCCAGCUCAGCGAACUCAGAAAACUCUUCGCUUUCGCCGCCCUCGCUCAGCUCGUUGAUCUACUCGCCCACCUCAAACCUGCCCAACUAUGUGCUGGACGGCGAGGCACCGCACCUGACCAUCAUGUCGCCCAAGCGCAAGGCCAAGGAGAAGGUCGACUGGCUGACGAAGAUACGCAAACAGAAGUUGAUGAGCCGAGGCAGCCUGACGCUCAGCGAGAAGAUGGGCAUGGAGGAUGCAUCGCUGGAUGUGCUGGCUUCGUCGCCACGUCUCCAAAGCCUGCGUCACUCCGAGUGCAGUCCCCGCUUGCAGGCGACGCCCAGGCGGCGCAUAUCGCAUUCCGAUAACAAUGCGCCGCAUCUCCGAACGCCCACCUCGAGUAGGCGGAAUAGCGAGACGACGCUGCUGCGCUUCUUCAGUGUACAGCGCAGCGGAAGCGUGACUGAAGCUGCCGAUGCUGCUGCCAGCCAAGCCGACCUGAAUCCCUUGUCUCCGCCAGCUUCAGCGCCCGCUGCAACGAGUCCCCUGCUGCGGCACACGCCCAGGGCAGCCGUUGGCAGUGACUGACCCUGUAGCCACGGAAUAUGCCCUCUCCUACUGUUGUACAAACAUGAACCCCAAAUUCAGCCCUACCCAUCCCGAUUCCCUUACCGAUUCUCUUUACUGGACAUACCUUAGCCUAAGUCUCCAAAUUUAAGUCCUUUCCCCAGCUUAAGUCAACGAAAUGGCCUUUCACUCUUUUGUACAAAAACUAUAUUUAAUAUAUCAUAUUUGUAAUCUAUAUAGUAUAUCUAACAUAUAUAUAUAGUCUGUAUAGCUCUAAGUUCUCCUGACAUGCAUGCGCUUUUGGCUGGGUCAAGUUUACUUUUAACGACAAUAAAAACUGAAUUUGUUUUUAAAGUUAA